GUCCUGCCAGGCCCGGUCAAUGGAUACCCGGAGACUGAAAGUCAGCCAAUUCACGAAUCAGAAGAUUCGACCAAAUUUGUAGACUUUGCCGAGCUAAUUGUUUAUCUAGAGCGCGACAUAUGAAGCGGACAGGUGCUAGGUUGCAUUGCAUUGUACUGUGUAGCUGCACUCUCCAAAUCCAACUUGCAACGCUUCCGAUUUCGAAGCUCGGCAUCCACACUUUCAUUCUUCCUAUUCUUAUCAACAACUGCAUCGCAGCAGAAAAUCCACCAUGGCCUCCAAAGCCAUGUGGGAGGUUGAUCCCGAGACACGAUCAAAGCUCCUGGCAAUCCAAAAGACAAACAAUAAUAACAAUUGCUGCGACUGCAACGCGCCGAACCCGCAAUGGGCGUCUCCCAAGUUCGGCGUCUUCAUCUGCCUGUCGUGCGCCGGCGUGCACCGUGGCCUUGGCGUCCACAUCUCCUUCGUCCGUUCCGUCACCAUGGAUGCCUUUAAGCAGGCCGAGAUCGAACGCAUGCGCCUGGGCGGCAACGACGGCUGGCGAAAGUUCUUCGAGAAUCACGAGGACACCAAGAUGCUCGGCGUCGGGUGGGAUGAUGCGACGAUCGCCGAACGAUACAGUGGCGAGGUCGGCGAGGAGUGGAAGGAGAGACUGAGCGCCAAAGUCGAGGGCAGAGAAUUCGUGCCUGGCGAGAGGAAGAGCACACCACAUUCGGCCGCGUCGAAAGCCUCGGCCAAGCAGAUCAGCAGGACGGGAACGCCGCUUCAGGGCGUUGCGACGGGCGGUAGCAGGACCGCGAGCCCCAAUCGGCCGGGUGUUAAGGCCAAGGUCGACGACAAAUAUUUUGCAAAGCUCGGAGCGGACAACGCCUCGAGGCCGGAUCACAUCCCCCCUAAUCAGGGAGGGAAAUACGCUGGAUUUGGCAAUACACCGAUGCCGGCCAAGGAUGCAGGCCAGGCUGGUGUGCCCAACUUGGAGGAGCUACAGAAGGACCCCGUAGCAGCGUUGACCAAGGGGUUCGGGUGGUUCACGAGCACAGUUACCAAGACAGCCAAGACAGUCAACCAGGACUUCAUCGCCCCUACAGCUAAACAGAUUGCAGAGUCCGAGUUCGCCGCCAAAGCAAGAAUGGCAGCAGGCAACGUAGGCCAGGUAGCACAAACCGGAGCUAAGAACGCUCACGAGAGCUUCAACCGAUUUGUAGAGGGACCCGACAGCCACAGGUAUGCACAGGCCCCGCUGGAUGAGAGCAAGAAGGGGUUCUGGGACGACUUCUCGUCUGUGGCGGAUCAGAGGCACGGGACGGGGCCCAAGUACAGCUCGAUUGGGACGUCUGCUAUGGGCAAGGCGAACAAGAACGCUGGACAGGGAAAGCAGGAUGACGAGUGGGACGAUUGGUGAUGGCCGUGCUUUCUCAUUUUCUCUGACAACGCGGCAUGAAAGGCUUGUAGUUUUGGUGACAAGUUGAUGGAUAUGAUGGCAUGCUGUAUAAAUAGACGGAGUAUUGGGUAGCGGUUAUCUACAAGUGGUUACUAGAUCACAUGCUGGACUUGAGGAGUCACAGAUGCAUCUUCUGUGCCCAAGCCCUUUACUGCUUGCAGGAUAUUUGCAGUGCCGUUGCGAUUUUGAUGCAGACGAGUUUUCGA